AUGCUGAACACGGUCCGUUUCCAUUUCGGCCAUCUGUAUCAGCUCUUUGACGAGGAGGACUUUACCCGUAAUUUGGACGAGUUCUAUCAUAAUGCAUCCGCAAAAGUCCAGGAAUCUCGGCUGUGGUACGUGCAGUUUCUCGUCGUGCUGGCCUUCGGAGAAGCACUGUUGGCGCCUGUGCGAAGGGCAUCAAACACUGCUUCAUGGACAAAGUACUUCUCCCGAGCGAUGUCACUGUUACCAGAUACCACGGCGCUCUGGCAGGAUCCUCUUCUAGCAAUUGAGGUUCUGGCGCUAAUUGCGCUGUACCUUCACUCGGUGGACAUGCGGGACUCGGCCUAUUGCUAUAUCGGUCAUGCCAUGCGUGUGGCUCUGGUGGAAGGUUUGCACCGUGCUCUUCCAGUCGAGCAACUUGGAGAGAAGCGCGUCCAACGGUGUACUAAGAUCUGGUGGACGGUAUACAUUCUCGACCGCAAGUUCUCUUCAUUGAUCGGGUCGCCGGCCUCGGUGAAUGAUGAGGAUGUGACCACCGUCCUGUGGGACCCGAAGAGCUCCUCUGAAGAGACAGCAGCCUUGAGCCUUCAUGUCAGGAUCACACAGGUUAUCACGCGGGUGUUGAAUACGGUGUACAGCGCAAACGGGAAGUUGGGCGGUGCCUUCCUUCACGGAAUACGCUCCAUACUGCAUGAGAUGACCGAACUGUCGCGGGAAUUGGAGGAGGUUUUUGCUCAUCGAUUCUCGAGUUCGGUGGAUACUCUUUCUGGCGUGACCACUCGGUUGACACUUUCAUGUCAUUCGUGCAUCAUUGUCACCGCUCGUCCACUCAUCCUAAGUUUGCUCUGGGAACGACUAAGCUGCUUCGAAGACGGCGACGUCUUCCGAAGUCUCUCCUCCCCCGUUCGAACCCUGAUCCAAGCGUGUAUCGAUUCAGCACUCAGAUCACUGAAGAUACUAACGGCCCUGCGAGACCAGAAUCUCCUUGAAAGUUUUCUCCCCUUCGACCUCGAGAACCUCUUCUCGUCCUUUUUUAUCCUCUCAUUGAUCUCCGCCGUCUUGCCGGGCACACUACCAGACCAGAGCUUCCGAGAUAUGGCCUUCAGUCUGUUAGACGAGAUGAUCGCCCGGGGAAACCGAGUCGCUCAACUUCGCAGAUCGGAGAUUGAGCUUCUCGAAGAGUUGGUGCAACCACUUAUACGGCCAGAGACCACUCGCCCCGAAGAGGAUCCGGGACUUCCUCUUAUUGGGACGACUAACGAAAGAGGUUUUGUGGCUCAAGAGCAGCACCGCGGACUGGGUCCGGAUGCAGAAGGCCUCGGUCCGACUCCUGCAGCCACAGUGACAGUGGUACAAGAGGAGGAGCUUCUGUUCGACUGGCGGGAUUUCGGACUAUCUUUGAACCAUAUGCUCUCGGCAACGGAUGAGCUGAACGCGAACAGCUUGGUUCCUGGGGCAGAGGACGAGGAGCUACCGGCUGACAUAUGGCUGUGGGGUGAUGGCUAG